AUGGUAAGUAAAACUAUCAAGACUCGAUCUGACCAGCGUAAGCCCACUGAAAAGGAUAACCAUGCACCGCAGACUACACAGGAGUCACAGAAUUCAUACUUCUGCCCGGGUGGAGAUGCACCCAAAGUCCAAAUGCCAUUCAAAACCAUUUCUGGCCAAAUCCCUCGCAAGCUAGAGAUAGAGAGACGUCGAAGGGAGUACUUGAAGUUAGAUAUUGAACAGCUCCUGGCAGAAAAGGGCAUAGACUCUAAUCUCCUAAUGAUGGGACAUCUAAAAGAUGGUGACGAGGGUGUGACCACACCAGGCAGUUCUGUGUCGGCCUUCCUUCCGCUAGAGAUAUUUGACAGUGAUGAAUAUGACUGCCGGACACCAGACGACUGGCUUGCCCUGGGCAAAUCUGAAGGAUUACCUAAUUACAAACCUAUUCCUGCAAAAGCCUUGCUGCCUACAGAUGAUGAGACUUCUCCUGAUUCUCCAAGAAGCCCAUCCACGAAGUACAGCUGGCAUUUGGUUGGUGUUCUUGAGUAUAGUACAGAGAAAUGUCAGUACCUGGUACAGAAGGUUCACAGGCAGGCAGAUGGAGAAGAAAAUCAUACUAUGAAGGAACAACGCAAAAGGAUUAAAUCCCCAGAAAUAAGCCCCUUGCAAGGAGGUAGUAAGUACUGGGUACCCAGGAUCAGACUGCUAUUCUGUGCUGAGGACCCACGUGUCUUUGUUGAACGGAUCCAGUUUGCCCUGCGCUACAGGGAGAACACAGAGGCUCUGCUGCUCUACAACUUAUCAGUGAAAUGCAUGCCCAUUUGGCAGGGGACACCGUCUCUCAGUGCCAACGACCUCCAGCGUAUCAAAAGUGUCACCCUAUCAGCUCCUGGCCUCAAACUGAAAGUUUUGGAGAAGUGUAUAAGGGACUUCGAGAAGCAAAUCAAACUGGAAUACGACCGCACCAUUAACCGCACGACCUUUGACAAAGUAGUGAUGAGCUACCCUGAGCUUUCACACAUCACCCUGCCACAGAUCGAACCUGAGUGUGUAGCUCAAAAAUGGUGCCCUCCAGCCCAUUACUUCACCUAUGAGAAGAACAGAGCUGCAUUUGUUUUCAGCUCCCUGCUGACAAAGUCAGAGGUGAUCUCUGCUCUAUCUGAGAUACAGUCUGAGUGCAACAAAGUAGCAACGAUGAAGCUGUUCAAUAUCACCUCGAUGAAACCUCUUCGUCUGGACGAAUUUGAAGUUACACAGUCUCAAGUGCAUACGCAGAUGAACAUAUAUCUUAAGGAGACAUGGAUUUCCGCGCUGAGCAACAGCGUCCGUUUAAACCUGGCGAUCGUUGGCAAGGGCGCAUACAACAUAAAUGAGUCUCGCUGGGACAUUUACAAGACUUCCAAGUUGUGCAAACUGAUGGCUGUGGUGCGCUUCAAACUGCAGGACAGCCUGCGCUACCUUGUGCAGACUUCACUGGCCAGCCUGACUGAGUCGGUGCUGGACGCCUGUCAAAGUGUGAUGACAUGUCCUCAGGACAUGGUUUGGGGAGACGACCUCAUCACUAGUUCCUACAAGCCAAAGAAGAAUCCUUUGUUCCUGCUGGAGUUGGUUCUGGAUCAGAACGGGGUUCAUUACAGCACUCCUCCGGAGAUCUUUCCAACAACUAUUGUUAACCUGUUUGACAAGGGUAUUCUAGCCACAUACAACGUACCGCAAGUCGAGAAGUUUGUGAUGCAGAAGAUGUUCAUCAGCGCUGAUCCGUUGCUCGACACGGUGAAUUUGUGGGAAGAGGAAGUAAAUGCGCUGAGAGAGAAGAUUCGCAAAGCUUUGACACAAGCAGCUAUACCUCUCAAGGCUUAUGCUGCUGAAUAUGAGAAACACUUAGAGCUUCACAAUUUGGACAUGGAAACUUUUCUUGAAUCUCAUAAUGCAGAACAGACACCCCAAGAACUGAAGAAAGAGGCGGAGCAGCAUCUUAAAGAAAGGGAAAUGCUUAAAAGCUCCUUGCCAUCCUCCAUCGUCAUUGGUCCAUUUCUUGUCCGUGUAGAGGCUGUACGCACAUCUCUCACAACAAAGAGAAAGGCUUUAGCUGAGGCACUGCUGGACCACCUCGCUCUGAAGCUGAGUAAGCAGAUUGAAAAUGCCUGUGAAGAGUGUAACGUUAUGAGCAGAAAGCUUCAUGAGAAACCCAACAGCAUGGAGGAUCUGUCUGAAAAGAGGGACUGGAUGAAACAAGUCCCAGAGCAGCUCAAGAGUUACACGGAAAUUCUCGGAAAGAUCCUGUCUGACUAUGAGCUAAUAGAGGAAUGUUUUUACAGUUUUUCAAAUGAAGAUGUUAACAAAAAGUGGACAGCUAUUGGGUGGCCUCAAAGGAUAAUCACCUUAAUGGAAACAACAGCAAAACAGCAUGAGGAGGAUGAGGAGCGAUUCCACAAGAUCCAUCUAGUUGAUCAGAACAAUCUUGAGGAGCACAUUGUCUCUCUGCAGAUGCUUGUUGCUGGGUUUGAGGGCCAUGCAGAUAUCGAUCGUGCCCAUGAGAUGGCCACUGAGGUCAGGCGUACGACCAAGCAACUUAAGGAGUGCCAGACUCUUGCCCAGACCUACAACACCAGAGAACGUCUGUUCGGUAUCCCUGUCACAAAUUAUGAUCAUCUGCACAAACUGGUAAAGGACUUCCAGCCUUUUAAAGAUCUAUGGAGCACCACUUCUGAUUGGUUCCGGUGGAAGGAGAGCUGGCUCAGUGACCCGCUGUCUUCCAUUGACCCUGAGCAACUUGAGCGCAAUGUCAACGAUGUUUACAAGACCAUGCACAAAUGCAUCAAACAGUUCAAGGACAUUCCUGAUUGCCAGAUGGUGGCAGCUACAGUCCGAAGCAAGAUCGAGGACUUCCAGCCUUACAUCCCUCUAAUUCAGGCCCUAAGAAAUCCAGGAAUGAAGAGCCGUCACUGGGAUAUGCUUUCAAAACGCAUUCAGAUCAAAGUCAAACCCAAAGCCAACUUGACCUUCUCCCACUGCCUGGAGCUCGGCCUACAGAACCAUGUGGAUGACAUAGCUCAUGUGGCUGAGGUGGCUGGGAAAGAGUACACUAUUGAACAGGCCCUGGAAAAGAUGGAACAAGAAUGGGCGACAGUAAUCUUCGAUGUGCUGCCCUACAAGGACACAGGAACUUACAUUUUGAAGAGCCCAGAUGAAGCGUCCCAGUUGCUGGAUGACCACAUCGUCAUGACACAGAGCAUGUCCUUCUCGCCCUUCAAAAAAACUUUUGAGGGCCGCAUCAAUACCUGGGAGAGCAAGCUCAGAAUGACUCAAGACGUGCUGGAGGAGUGGCUGACAUGUCAGCGCUCCUGGCUGUACCUGGAGCCCAUCUUUAGCUCUGAUGAUAUCAACCAGCAGCUGCCGGUCGAAGGAAAAAGAUACCAGCAAAUGGAGCAGACAUGGAGGAGAGUCAUGAAAAGUGCCUUUAAUAAUCGAAAGGUGAUUGAGCUGUGUCCUGAUGCUCGUCUAUUAGGAAAACUAAAGGAGUGCAACAUACUUUUGGAACAGGUGCAGAAGGGUCUCAGUGAAUACUUGGAGACAAAGCGAGGCUCCUUCCCCAGGUUUUAUUUCCUGUCAGACGAUGAGCUGUUAGAGAUUCUGUCCCAGACCAAAGACCCUACUGCUGUUCAGCCACACCUGCGCAAGUGCUUUGAAAACAUUGCACAGCUUCGGUUUCAGGCAGACCUACAGAUCACGCAUAUGUACUCUGGGGAAGGAGAGGAGGUGAAACUGUUUGUGCCAGUGAGUCCGAGUGGGAAUGUGGAGGACUGGCUGAGGGAAGUGGAGAAGUCUAUGAAAGUCACUUUGAGGGAUAACAUUGACCGCUCACUGAAAGACUACCCUGAGCAAGCACGUGUAGACUGGGUGUUACUGUGGCCUGGUCAAGUGGUGAUUGCUGGCUGUCAGGUCUUCUGGACUGUUGAGGUGUCUGAGGCUUUGGAGCAGGGAGAUUUGGCAAACCGCCUUUAUCCCCAACUACAGACACAGCUGGGUGACUUGGUGCAGCUGGUGAGAGGACGUCUGUCCAACAUGCAGCGAGCUGUGUUGUCUGCACUUAUUGUCAUAGAGGUCCAUGCUAAGGAUGUAGCGGCCAAGUUGGUGGAGCAGGAGGUCUCAAGCGUUAACGACUUUGAGUGGAUCAGCCAACUUAGAUAUUAUUGGGCAAAGGAUGACUUAUACAUCCGUGCAGUGAAUGCAGAAUUUUUGUACGGCUACGAGUACCUUGGGAACUCUGGACGACUGGUGAUCACCCCACUCACUGACAGAUGCUACCUGACCCUGACUGGAGCUCUACACUUGAAAUUUGGAGGGGCACCUGCAGGGCCAGCAGGGACAGGAAAGACAGAAACCACUAAGGAUCUUGGAAAGGCUCUGGCCAUCCAGACGGUAGUUUUCAACUGUUCUGAUCAGCUGGACUUCAUCGCGAUGGGAAAGUUUCUUAAAGGACUGGCCAGCUCGGGUGCCUGGGCAUGCUUUGACGAGUUUAAUCGUAUUGAUGUGGAGGUUCUGUCUGUGGUGGCUCAGCAGAUUACCACUAUACAAAAAGCCCAGCAGCAAAGGGCGGAACGAUUUGUGUUUGAGGGGGCGGAGAUCCCUCUUGUCCCUUCAUGUGCUGUGUUUAUCACCAUGAACCCUGGUUAUGCUGGUCGCACAGAACUUCCUGACAAUCUAAAGGCCCUGUUUCGCCCUGUGGCCAUGAUGGUCCCUGACUAUGCCAUGAUAGCUGAGAUCUCGUUGUACUCAUUUGGCUUCAGUGAUGCCAAAGUUCUCUCCAAGAAAAUUACUACAACUUUCAAGCUGUCAUCUGAGCAACUCAGCUCUCAGGACCAUUAUGAUUUUGGCAUGAGAGCUGUGAAGACUGUGAUCUCUGCAGCUGGAAACCUGAAGAGAGAAAAUCCCAACAUGAAUGAGGAGCUGAUCUGUCUUCGGGCCAUUCAAGACGUCAACGUACCAAAGUUUUUACAGGACGAUCUGAAGCUCUUCAACGGCAUCGUGUCUGAUCUUUUCCCUAAGACAAAACAGGAGCCAAUCGACUAUGGCUCACUGGAAGAAUCACUGCGUAAUGUGUGCACUGCAAAGAACCUCAAAGAUGUGGAUGGGUACAUUAAUAAGUGUAUUCAGCUGUAUGAAACGACUGUGGUGAGACAUGGUCUGAUGUUAGUGGGACCCUCUGGAUCGGGUAAAACCAAGUGUUAUGAGGUACUAGGUACAGCAAUAACAUCUCUGAAGGGCCAGCCCUCUGUGAGUGGUGGCGUGUACGAGGCUGUUCAGACGUAUGUCCUCAACCCAAAAUCAAUCACCAUGGGACAGCUGUAUGGAGAGUAUGACUUGCUCACACAUGAGUGGACUGAUGGUAUCCUCUCAUCUCUUAUUCGUGGAGGGACAGCAACUAUGGACAAGGAGAAAAAGUGGUACAUGUUUGAUGGGCCAGUGGACGCAGUGUGGAUUGAGAACAUGAACACUGUGCUGGAUGACAACAAAAAGUUGUGUCUUAGCUCUGGAGAAAUCAUAAAGCUCACUGAUGUGAUGACCAUGAUGUUUGAGGUGCAGGACCUGGCAGUGGCAUCCCCAGCCACAGUGUCACGCUGUGGUAUGGUCUACUUGGAGCCCAGCAUCCUGGGCCUCGUUCCCUUCACAGAAUGCUGGCUCAGGCGGAUCCCUGAAGUCUUAAAACCAUUCACAGAGCAGAUGAACUUACUGUUUGCCAGGUUCCUGCAGGAUGCCAUUACGUUUGUCCGCACAUCAGUGAAGGAGGUCAUCACAUCUCUGGACAGUAACCUUGCCUGUAGUCUGCUUAAACUAAUGGACUGCUUCUUCAGCCCUUUCAGUGUUAAAGAGAAUCUACCACCUCAAAAGAAACUGAACCGUCUGAAGGAGCUGAUCGAGCCCUGGUUCUUUUUCUCUCUUGUGUGGAGCGUAGGAGCCACAGGAGAUGCAGCCAGCAGCCAACGCUUCAGUGUCUGGCUCAGAAACAAGAUGGCAGAAGAACAAAUACAGUUAUGUUUUCCAGCCGAGGGCCUGGUGUAUGACUACAGGCUUGAUGAUGCAGGGAUAAGUUAUUCAGGGGAUGAUGAAGAAGAUGGGGAAAGACAAGUCCAGUGGGUCAGCUGGAUGAAAAAUGCACAAAAUGUUGUAAUCACCCCAGAAACAAAUUAUGCCGACAUAAUUGUUCCAACGGCUGACACAGUGAGGAUGUCUUUCCUAAUGGAUAUGCUUUUGACCAAUAAGAAACCUGUGCUGUGUAUUGGGCCGACUGGCACAGGAAAGACCCUGACCAUGUCAGACAAGCUGUUAAAGAAAAUGCCUGACGAGUACAUCACACACUUCAUCAUGUUCUCUGCCCGCACAUCAGCCAACCAGACUCAAGAUUACAUUGACAGCAAACUGGACAAAAGGCGGAAAGGGGUAUUUGGACCUCCUAUAGGGAAGUUUUUUAUCCUUUUCAUUGACGACCUAAACAUGCCCAUGCUGGAGACCUAUGGUGCUCAGCCUCCUAUUGAGCUGCUGAGGCAGUGGAUGGACCAUGGAGGCUGGUAUGACAGGAAGCAGAUAGGUACUUUCAAGCAUAUAGUGGAUAUCAAUUUUGCCUGUGCCAUGGGACCCCCAGGUGGAGGGCGAAACCCCAUAACCCAGCGCUUCACACGGCACUUCAACUUCCUGUCCUUCACUGAAAUGGAAGAUGCCAGCAAGAAAAAGAUAUUCUCUACAAUUCUAGGAAGUUGGAUGGAUGGAAAUAUGAGUAAAAAGGAACCAGGCAGACCUGUGCCAGCAAUUCAGCCACUGAAUGAGUCUCUUGUGGAUGCCACUAUCCGAGUCUACGCCACCAUUACCUCCCAGCUCCUCCCAACUCCAGCCAAGUCUCAUUACACCUUCAACCUCAGAGACCUGUCCAAAGUCUUCCAGGGCGUCCUCAUGGCUGAAGCUGGCAUGAUAGAGAGUGAAGUACAGCUGCUGCAACUCUGGUACCAUGAAAGCUGCCGGAUCUUCCAGGAUCGUCUAGUGUGCGCUGAAGAUAGGGACUGGUUCAACAGCCUGCUGAAGGACUGUAUUCAGGAGUUUGGCUGCUCCUUUGAAGAGGUUGUACCCUGCUAUCCUGUUUUGUAUGGAGAUUUCAUGAUUCCUGGAGCUGACCCCAAAGUCUACACAUUCAUAGAUGACACGGAAAAGUUGGAGAAAGUGAUGGAGGAGUACAUGGAAGACUACAAUCAGACCAGCAUGACCAAGAUGAAGCUGGUGCUGUUCAUGGAUGCCAUCCAGCAUGUGUGUCGCAUCAGCCGCAUCUUACGGCAGCCCCUGGGCAAUGCCCUGCUGCUCGGAGUGGGUGGCAGUGGGCGCCAGUCACUCACUAAGCUGGCCUCAUUUAUAUCGGAAUAUGAGUGUUUCCAGAUUGAGCUGUCAAAGAACUACGGUCAAACAGAGUGGAGAGAAGACAUUAAAAGCAUCAUGCUCAAGGCUGGCCUCCAGGGCCAGCAAAUCACUUUCCUUUUUGUAGAUACACAGAUUAAGAGUGAGUCAUUCCUGGAGGAUAUCAACAACAUCUUGAACAGUGGGGAUGUUCCCAACCUGUAUGCAACAGAUGAGCAGGAGCGAAUCCUGAUAGCAAUGAAACCAGUGGUACAGGACCUGGGCCAGCAGCCGACUAAAACCAAUCUUCUGGCUGCGUACAUCAGGAGAGUCCGCAGCAACAUUCACACUGUACUCUGCAUGAGCCCUAUUGGUGAGGUGUUUCGUGCACGCCUGAGACAAUUUCCCUCACUGGUGACAUGUUGUACUAUUGACUGGUUCAGCGCUUGGCCAGAUGAGGCUCUGCAGGCUGUGGCCACAUCGUUUCUUAAUGAGUUGCCGGAGCUAGAGGCUAGCCCUACGGCUUUGAGAGGACUGACAUUGAUGUGUGAGAAGAUUCACCAGAUGGUAGCCAGAAAGAGUGAACAGUACCUCGCUGAGCUAUCUCGAUACAACUAUGUCACACCUAAGAGCUACCUGGAACUGCUCAAAAUCUUCUCAGAUCUCAUUGGGCGCAAGAAGCAAGAGUUGUGUGGUGCUCGUCAGCGCAUGAAGACCGGUUUGGACAAGCUUCUUAGCACAGCUCAGGAUGUGAGUAAGAUGCAGGAGGAGCUGGAGACGAUGAGACCUCUUUUGGAGGAAGCUGCAAGGGAAACUGAAGUCACAAUGGAGACUAUUAAAAAAGACACGGUGGUUGCAGAGGAGACUCGUAAGUCGGUGCAAGCAGAGGAAGCCAAAGCCUCAGAGAAAGCCCGUUUUGCAGGAGCCAUCGCAGCAGAUGCCCAGAGAGACUUAGACGAAGCUCUGCCUGCCCUGGAUGCUGCCCUCACCAGCCUCAAGUCACUCAACAAGAAUGACGUCACAGAGGUGCGAGCCAUGCAGCGACCACCCCACGGCGUAAAGCUGGUUAUUGAGGCAGUGUGCAUUAUGAAGGGCAUCAAACCCAAAAAGGUACCUGGGGAGAAACCUGGCACCAAGAUUGAUGACUACUGGGAGCCUGGUAAGGGUCUGCUACAAGACCCUGGCAAGUUUCUGGAGAGUCUCUUCAAGUAUGAUAAGGAGAACAUCCCAGAUUCGGUGAUCAACUUAGUUCAGCCCUACAUAGACAAUGAAGAAUUUCAGCCAGCCGCCAUUGCCAAGGUUUCCAAAGCGUGUACCUCCAUUUGCCAGUGGGUGCGGGCCAUGCAUGUGUAUCAUUUUGUGGCCAGGGCUGUGGAACCUAAACGGCAAGCUCUUCAGGAGGCCCAGGACGAUUUAGCAGUGACCCAGAAAAUCCUGGAUGAUGCCAAUGAAAAACUGGCAGCAGUGGAGGGGGGCAUUGCCACAUUGCAGGCCAAGUACCAGGACUGUCUGGCUAAGAAGGAGGAGCUGGAUAACAAGUAUCAACUGUGUGAAGCCCGGCUCGUCCGAGCAGACAAGUUGAUAGGUGGACUGGCGGAUGAAAAAGUGCGCUGGAAGGAAACUGUGCAACAUCUGGAUUACAUGGUCAAUAAUGUAGCAGGUGACGUGCUUCUGUCUGCAGGAUAUGUGGCAUACCUGGGACCCUUCACUGGAGAGUACCGGGCUGCCAUGGCAGACGAGUGGAUGCACUGUUUUAAAGAGUUGAGUGUUCCACAUACUGACGAACCCAACCUCAUCAACACUUUAGGGAAUCCGGUCAAGAUCCGCUCCUGGCAGAUUUCAGGUCUGCCCAAAGAUAACCUUUCGGUAGAGAAUGGCGUGAUUGCCCAGUACUCCCUACGUUGGCCGCUCUUCAUUGACCCUCAGGGUCAAGCCAACACAUGGAUCAAAAACAUGGAGCGUGACAAUGGAUUGGAAGUUAUGAAGCUCAGCGACCGGGACUUUCUCCGUAGUCUGGAGAAUUCAAUUCGCUUCGGCAAACCCAGCCUCUUGGAGAAUGUUGGAGAAGAGCUAGAUCCAGCUCUUGAACCUGUCUUGUUGCAACAGACAUUUAAGCAGCAAGGCAGCAUGGUUUUGAAGCUGGGUGAUUCAGUCAUCCCCUACCAUGAAGGCUUCAAGAUGUACAUGACCACAAAGCUGCCUAACCCACACUACUCUCCGGAGGUUUCUACCAAAGUCACUCUCAUUAACUUCACUCUGUCACCAAGUGGCCUGGAAGACCAGUUGUUGGGUCAGGUGGUGGCCGAGGAGCGUCCAGACUUGGAGGAGGCAAAGAACCAGCUCAUCCUCAGCAAUGCUAAAAUGAAACAGGAGUUGAAAGAAAUUGAGGAUGAGAUCCUGUUCCGUCUCAGCUCCACAGAAGGAAACCCUGUGGACAACGAGGAGCUCAUUCAAGUGUUGGGAGCUUCAAAGAUCAAAGCUGGAGAGAUUAAGGCUAAAGUGAUUGCAGCAGAAAAGACAGAACAGGACAUUGAUGCCACCCGUCUGGAGUAUGUGCCGGUAGCUGUGCGCACACAAAUUCUCUUCUUCUGUGUAUCAGACCUGUCCAAUGUUGACCCGAUGUACCAAUACUCUCUGGAGUGGUUCCUUGGCAUCUUCAUGGCUGGCAUUGCCAAUUCUGAGAAAGCAGACACAGUGGAAGAAAGAAUCAUCAACAUCAAUGAAUUUUUCACCUUCAGCCUGUACAGCAACGUAUGCCGCAGCUUGUUUGAGAAACACAAGCUCAUGUUUGCCUUUCUUCUGUGCACGCGCAUCAUGAUGAACGAGAACAAAAUUGACAUGGCUGAGUGGCGCUACCUACUGUCUGGAGGAAUGCCAGUCCAAGAGCUGCCCAACCCAGCUGUAGGUUGGUUGUCUGAGCGCGCCUGGCAGGACAUUUUAGGACUCAGCAAUCUGGACAACUUCAGCAGCCUGGCAGAGAGCUUCACCGAACAUCUAGAGGGCUUCAAGAAAAUUUUUGACAGUAACCAGCCUCACAGGGAGCCCCUCCCGGGAGAGUGGGACACCAUGUUGGACUCAUUCCAAAAGCUGUUGGUGCUGCGCUGUCUGAGGGCUGACUGCCUUGUUCAAGGCCUGCAGGACUUUGUGUCAGCUCAGCUGGGACAGCGCUUCGUAGAGCCUCAGACAUCGGACCUGUCUGUGGUCUUCACGGAAUCAUCUCCUUCCACCCCCCUCAUCUUUGUCCUGUCCCCUGGUACUGACCCAGCAGCUGACCUCUACAAGUUUGCUGAUGUCAUGGAGUUCUCCAAGAAAAUGAGGGCCAUCUCCUUGGGUCAAGGCCAGGGACCCUGGGCUGAGAUUAUGAUGCACGCCGCCAUGGAAAAAGGCCAGUGGGCUUUUUUCCAGAAUUGUCACCUGGCACCCAGCUGGAUGCCUUCCCUGGAGAGACUCAUUGAAAACAUCAACCCUGUAAAGGUUCACAAAGACUUUCGUCUGUGGCUCACGAGUCUUCCCAGCAAUAAGUUCCCCGUGUCCAUUCUCCAAAAUGGCUCCAAGAUGACCAUUGAACCUCCAAAGGGCAUUAAGGCCAACUUACAGAAAACCUACCUUAGACUUACUGAUGAUUUCAUCUCUACUUCCACCCAGGCCGCACACUUCAAGUCUCUGCUGCUGUCUCUCUGUCUGUUCCAUGGCAUUGCUCUAGAGCGAAGAAAGUUUGGUCCUUUAGGUUUCAACAUCCCCUAUGAGUUCACAGAUGGCGACCUCAACAUCUGCAUCAGCCAACUCAAAAUGUUUUUGGAUGAGUAUCAGGACAUUCCGUUCAAGGUUCUAAAAUACACUGCAGGUCAGAUUAAUUAUGGCGGACGUGUGACAGAUGACUGGGACAGGCGCUGUCUGCUCAGUGUGCUGGAAGACUUCUAUUGUCCCGCUGUUCUUACUGAUGAUCACAGAUACUCUUCAUCUGGAGUUUACCGGCAAAUAGACACUAAUCUGGAUGUCAAGGGCUAUUUGUCAUACAUCCGUGGCUUGCCCAUCAAUGAUACACCUGAGAUCUUUGGUCUCCAUGACAACGCUAACAUCAGCUUUGCCCAGAAUGAGACCUUCGCCCUGUUGGGAGCUGUGGUUCGUCUCCAGCCUCGAGCUGCAUCUGCUGGAGGCAAAAGUCUAGAGGAGAUAGUGGAAGAGAUAGUGGGAGGCAUCGUUGAAAAGAUCCCUCAGUGUUUCAGCGUUCAGGAGGUGACUGAAAAGUACCCGGUCAAAUAUGAGGAGUCCAUGAACACAGUGCUCAUCCAGGAGGUCAUCAGAUAUAACAAGUUGCUGGACGUCAUCUCUCAGAGUCUCAGUGAUAUAGUGAAGGCUCUGAAGGGUUUAGUAGUGAUGUCCUCAGAACUGGAGCUGAUGUCCCGCAGCCUGUUCAACAAUGUGGUACCUGAUAUGUGGAAAGCUAAGGCCUACCCGUCUCUGAAGCCCUUGGCCUCCUGGGUGUCAGACCUGCUUCAGAGGAUCAGUUUUCUGAAGAGAUGGAUCUAUGACGGCAUUCCACCUGUGUUCUGGAUUAGCGGCUUCUUUUUCCCGCAGGCUUUUCUCACUGGAACCCUGCAGAAUUACGCCCGGCGCUCUGGCACCUCUAUUGACACAAUUGGAUUUGACUUUGAGGUGGUGGUGGAGUCAGUGUCAGAGAUAACAGAAAUGCCAAGCACUGGCUGCUACAUCCACGGUCUGUUCCUAGAGGGAGCUCGCUGGGAUAACAAGGCAGGUCAGCUCACAGAGUCCCGACCCAAGGAGCUCUACACGCAAAUGGCCGUCAUCAGGCUGAUCCCCGUGCCCAACCGCAAGCCUCCGUCCUCUGGAAUCUACAUCUGCCCCAUCUACAAGACGCUCACACGAGCUGGGACUCUGUCUACUACCGGUCAUUCUACCAACUACGUGAUCGCUGUGGAGCUGCCAACAGACCACAGUCAGGGACACUGGAUCAAACAAGGAGUUGCCCUCAUCUGUGCACUGGACUACUGAACACACCCACGUGCAAAAACAUAAUGCUUGACAGCCCAUAGGAUUGAUGACUGCAAUUACAGUUGCUAAAACAAAACCAAAUCCGUUUUAUUCACUAAAUAAUAAUUCUCUGAAACCAUCCCCUAGUCUGUGUAAUAAACUUUUCCCCCCACAGCAUUAACCUCAUAUGAUCUCAGAUUAUUUGUUUUGACAAAAUCACUUGCUGCAUCCUUUAUGAGCAUAGAGUCCUCCUCCUUACAGCAGCAUAAGUGUUAAUUUUGCUU